AUGGUUACCGGUUUAGAGGAUUACCAAAAGAAUUUUUUAGAUUUGGCUAUUGAAUCUAAUGCCUUACGUUUUGUUAAGAAUGACGGCGAUGAAUUCAUUUUAAAAAGUGGCCGUAAAUCACCAUACUUUUUCAACUUGGGUUUAUUGAACACCGGCAAAUUACUAAGCAAUCUGGCUACUGCUUAUGCUAUUGCAAUUAUUCAAUCGGAUAUUAAAUUCGAUAUUAUAUUUGGCCCUGCAUAUAAAGGUAUUCCUUUGGCUGCUAUUGUAUGUGCCAAAUUGGCUGAAAUCGGCGGAACUAAGUUUGAAAAAAUUGCCUAUAGUUUCAACCGAAAGGAGAAGAAAGACCACGGAGAAGGUGGUAACAUAGUUGGUGCCAGCUUGAGCGGUAAAAAAGUUUUAAUCAUUGAUGAUGUGAUGACUGCCGGUACUGCUAUUAAUGAAGCUUUCCAAAUCAUAGCCGAAAAUAAUGGACAGGUUGUUGGGUGUAUUAUUGCCUUGGAUAGACAAGAAAUCGUAAACGAAUCUACCAGAGAAAGUGCUGUUCAACAUGUUAGCAAGAAAUACAGUAUUCCUGUCUUAAGCAUUGUGAAUUUAAAUGAUAUAAUUAAAUAUUUAGAUGGAAAAUUGACUGGUGCUGAGAAAACUAAACUAGAACAAUAUAGAGAACUUUAUGGCGUUUGA